CGGUUGGAAGUCAGAGAUAAGGCCGCGAAUGGCGGCGGCGACGGAGGCCGUGAGGGCUCUGCUUAGGAACAGACGCUGCGUCUCCGCAGUGGCUUCGCGUUCCUUUGACAAAAUGGCGGCCGGCCCGAGCCGGAGCCCUUCUGCUCCUCCUUGCGAGGCGGGCGAGGCUCCGAAGUGGCUGGGGGCGCUCCGCUUCGACAACCGGGCGCUGAGGGCGCUGCCCCUGGACCCGAGCGAGGAGAACGUGCCGCGGCCGGUGCCCGGCGCCUGUUUCUCUCGGGUGCGUCCGACGCCGGUGAUCCACCCUCGGCUGGUGGCCAUGUCCCUGCCUGCGCUGUCCCUGCUGGGCCUGAGGGAGCCGGAGGCGGAGGAGGAGAAGGAGGAGGCGGCGCUCUACUUCAGCGGGAACCGGCUCCUGCCCGGCGCCGACCCCGCCGCCCACUGCUACUGCGGGCACCAGUUCGGGAGCUUCGCCGGGCAGCUGGGCGACGGCGCCGCCAUCUACCUGGGAGAAGUGCUCAGCCCCCGCGGAGAGCGAUGGGAGCUCCAGCUCAAGGGCGCCGGGCUCACUCCCUUCUCCCGACAGGCAGACGGCCGUAAAGUUUUGCGAUCGAGCAUAAGAGAAUUCCUUUGCAGCGAAGCCAUGUUUCACCUUGGGAUACCCACAACCAGAGCCGGGACCUGUGUAACGUCCGAUUCAGAAGUUGUCCGGGACGUUUUUUAUGAUGGAAAUCCAAAGAAAGAAAAGUGUACAAUUGUCCUGAGAAUAGCUCCAACCUUUAUUAGGUUUGGAUCAUUUGAGAUUUUUAAACCUGCCGAUGAAUAUACAGGACGUAAAGGACCCAGCGUCAAUAGAAAUGACAUCCGAAUACAAAUGCUUGAUUAUGUGAUCAGUACUUUUUAUCCAGAGAUUCUGGAAAUGCACUCAGAUAAUAAUGUUCAGAGGAAUGCGGCUUUCUUCCGGGAGGUAACAAGACGGACAGCAAGGAUGGUUGCUGAGUGGCAGUGUGUUGGAUUUUGCCAUGGUGUGCUCAACACUGAUAAUAUGAGCAUAGUCGGACUCACAAUUGACUAUGGACCUUUUGGAUUUAUGGACAGAUACGAUCCUGAACAUAUUUGCAAUGGAUCUGACAACACAGGACGCUAUGCUUAUAAUAAACAACCAGACAUUUGUAAAUGGAAUCUAGGCAAACUUGCUGAAGCCCUAGUCCCAGAACUUCCAAUGGAGAUCAGUGCACCCAUUCUGGAAGAAGAAUAUGAUGCAGAAUUUGAGAAACAUUAUUUGCAGAUUAUGAGAAAGAAGCUAGGAUUCAUUCAGCUUCAGUUAGAUGAUGAUGAUAAAUUGGUUUCUGACUUCUUAGAAACUAUGCAUGUUACAGGUGCAGAUUUUACAAAUACUUUCCGCUUGCUGAGUUCUUUCCCAACAGACUCAGAUCCUUUAAAAGUAGAAGACUUCUUAGAUAAGAUUUCAAAACAAUGUGCAUCUUUAGAAGAACUUAAAGUUGCUUACAGACCUCAGAUGGAUCCCAGACAACUUUCAAUGAUGCUGAUGUUAGCACAGUCUAAUCCACAACUAUUUGCUUUAAUUGGAACAAAAUCCAAUAUAAAUAAAGAAUUGGAACGCAUAGAACAGUUCUCUAAACUGCAGCAGUUAACAACAUCUGACUUACUAAGUAGAAAUAAAGGACACUGGAAAGACUGGUUGCAGAAAUACAGAGCUCGGCUAGAAAAAGAAAUGGAAAAUGUUAGCAGUGUUGAUAGCUGGCAUGCCGAACAUGUGAAAAUUAUGAAUUCAAACAAUCCAAAAUAUAUUUUGAGAAACUACAUUGCUCAAAAUGCAAUAGAGGCAGCAGAAAAUGGUGACUUCACGGAGGUUGAGAAAGUCUUGAAACUCUUAGAAAAGCCAUAUGAAGAUACAGAAUGUUACAGUGAGGUAACUGGAGAAACUGAAGAAGAAGAUGCUGUUGGUGCUGAUGCUGCUGCUGCCUGCAGUUCAACAAUGCGGAGAGGAGUGCCAUAUAGCAGUAAACCUCCACUCUGGGCUUCAGGACUCUGUGUUACAUGAUCAUCGUAACUGCCUUGGUAGUAUUUUCCACGAAGAGGUCUUGAACUUCUCACUAGUGGAGAGUGCAGCAAGGCACAACAGAAGUGCUAUUAGAUCUCAAACAGAUUAUUUGGAUGUAUUCACAGUCUCAUCAGAGCCAUGUCCAUUUUAUGAGAAAUGACAAUCGGCUGUCUCGGAGAAAGGCCAAACUUUUAAUUUUCUUACCAUCGUGCACAAAGUGCUUUUAUAUUUCUAUGCACAAUUUUCUGUGAACUAUCCAAACAAAAUCUGUGUUUUUGAAGACAAAAAUAGAAAACCAGUUGUUGGAUGUAUUUUUGUCUGAAAAUGAAUCAAUAGUACUUCUGGCUAAUGUUUAUAAAACUUUUCUUAUGCAGGGAUAUUUUGAUUCUCUCUCAGUGGGGGUGACUUUAAAUGCACCAUUGCUUAUUUGAAGCUGUGUUUCAUUUAAAUAUGUAGUUCAUUUAUUGUGAACCUUUAUGUUUAUAUCAUGUUUUAAAGACAUUGUCAUUGAGGAAGAGAUAGCAAUAAUGUGCAUUCCAAAAAAGAAUGGAAGCAGUUAAGGAAAAAAAAAGUUUUAGGUUCACUGCAGUAUGUAUAAUGGCUCAUUUUCAGAUAGAAUCAUGAGUAUAAAGGAGCAUGUGUCCCUCAAAUCUUCUCUAGUUAGGUUGGGAAGUAAACAUGCAAGUGGAUCCUCUGCUUGUGGUUCAGGGCUGAAUCCAUGCUUCUGCAUUUGUGCAUGCAAUGCAUUUCACUGGGUCUGGAACAGCUAGUGCAAUCCUCCUUCCCAAGGGAUAUGCACUGUUAGUGACACCAGUUAAUUGCUGAACAUUUGAAGUAACUAAACCACACUGUCCCACUUCUGUCCUUUUACAGGCUGAGGGUGAACCGUUUGAUGAUUUUUCUUGCCCAAUCGGUUCCUGUCUAUGUGGGAUCAGCCAAGUACUGCUUAUUGUCUAAACCUGGCACUCUGACAUGUUUUGACCCUGACAGGCCAGAGAAAUUAGCUGUAAACCAUAGUACUAGGUUUACAGAGGACAGUCAACAAACAAUGAACAUGUGUGUGGUACGUUUAGCUGUUUGGGUGCUUACUAUAAGCCAUAAUGUGCAAGCCUAGCUAAAUAUGGUAUAUAAUAACAUUGUGCAAUUUUAAACUAUAUUUCUCCCAAAUGGAAUGUUAUGUCAAAAUGUGGAGAAUCCCUUAGUAUUUAAACAAGGUCUUCCACAUUCAGAUUUUGUGCGUUUUCAUACUUGCAUCUUCUCAAGCAGAUUAUUUCUUAUUUUUCAACUUCACUACCUCAAGAAAGAUUUUUGUUCUCAUCAGAAUUGCACAAUCAUAUUUGAAUAGCAUUUGAACAUUGAAAAAGUAGCAUGCUUAGCGUGUAUCUAUCUCAGUCAGAAACUUCAAAAAUCUAAUUAUUCUCUGGAUUGCAGAGGAGGAAUUCACACAUUCCUCCAUCAUUGCUAUGAGUUUCCUCCAUCAUUGCUCUGAGACAGGCAGGGAAAUUAUGUGCCUUGAACCUGAAAUCUGAUCGAUCCUGUAUGUGUGGCCAGCUUCUCUUACUCCUCUAUUUUAGCUUGAGUCAGUUACCUUUUCUUUUGUGCACUGUCUUAUCUUUUUAAAGGAUUUCUUGCCUUCUUUUUUCUCCCAUUUUCUUUUUCUGCUUACCUGAAUUGACUGGGAGACAAAUGUGGCAUUCCUUUAAAGAGGAAGAAGAAUAUAGUCCAAACUAUUCUGACAAAUCCCCUGAAAUAGACUCUAUAGACAUUCAGAAAGAGCUUUCCCAGUUAGCUCCUCAAGCCCCUGUUUCUGUGCCUGUGGUGGAAUUCUCAGGAGGGCAGAGCUCAACAGUGAUUCUAGUCCAUGUGGACUGUGCUAGUGAGGAUGAUGCAGUAGACAGCCUUUUGGACAACUUAACACUGAACUCAUCUUACCAUACAAUAAGCCAGGGCACAAAAAUGGAAUUCCCUGUCAAAUCACCCCAGUACACCUUCCCAACAUAUCUCAUAUGAAUCACUUGCCAUUUUUUGCCACAUUUACCUGUCAUUGCGACGAGGACUGGAACAGAUAUUGUUGUGAUUGAACAAUUCUAUGCCUUUCACAAGUGUGUAGCCACAGAAUCAAGACAAUUUUAUAUUAGCCUCAGCAGUAGCCAUAGUUCAGUCCUUGAAGGUAGAACAAGUCCACAUCUUCUUUUUCCAGCUGAUUUUUUCCCCUCCAAGCUGAUGGUUACACAAGCUGGCAGCAGGGUCUGGGAUCUCCUCUUGUUCAGUAUGGUAUCCCCAGCAGCUUCAUUACUGUUCUGCAUAAUAAGCAGACAAGUGCCUCCUGGAUUGUUUCCUACAACUAUUAAAAGGUAUUAGUUCAUCUGAAGUCUAUUUCUAUCCAGAAAAGUAAAGGUUCUGCCCAUUUUGUCCUAGGCCCAACCUAUUGUACAGAAAUCUAGCAGAUCCAAAGUCUAAGAAGACAUUACUCAGAAAAUCUUCCUUACUGUAAGCUUUCUCAGCAUCUGUAAAUUAUGGCUGCACUUUCAUGACUUUUUGGUAAAUCUCAAGAGCCACUUAAACCUUUUUGAUGUCAUAAUCUGUGUAGUAGCACUGAUCAAUAUAUACAAGGAUAAUAUUUCUCUUUGAGGACAGAAGACUAAAAUUAGCCCAAGAAGCAAAAAAGGUUUGAUUCCCCAAAGUUGAUGUCCAUGCUGUGUGUAUUUCUUCAGUCUGGAGGACUCGGAUUAGAAAAGAAAGAGCAGACAUGGUAUUCCCACUAGACCAAGAGACUAUUGUUCUAGAGUUGGUUCAGCAGGAUGGCUUUGAGGAUGGCUGAUUUUUCCUUCAUGAUGCCAACCCUUCUGUCCUUGGUCAAGUUUUCCAUGCCAAUUCAGUUGGGCAACAGUUAGCCAUCUGGAGGCUAAGCAUCAGGUCUUGACAGGCGGAGACUGCUCAGAUUUCUACCCUUUUCUUGGUGCUAAGCAGGGGGUUGGACUCAAUGACCCAUAAGGACACUUCCAACUCCUAUUCUAUGACUGUGUGUUCUAUCACCAGGAUAUACAAGGUGAUAUGAAAAUAUUCACCAACUAGUAUAAGUUCAGCUCAAUAAAUUGUUGAGUAUCAUUGCUAUCUCAGUGUCUGCAUCUUUAUCGUGGGCUGAAACCUAAAAAUUGAAGAGACCUGUAGCUGCACUGUUGUCAGUAUUCUUGAAACCUGGCCUGCCUCUCGUCUCACCCUCAUUUUUAAGGAUUCUUCUGAGGUAUUUAAAUGAUUUCUCUCCUAUGGUAUAUUUGUUUCCAUCUUGGACUUUGGUUCCAAUUCUUCCCAAACCACUAUUUAAAACACUUGGGGAAAAUUCACUUCACCUACUAUUGUUAAAUACUUUUCCUUUUUAGUGGCAGUCACUACUGCACAGCCAAUUUCCAAGUUGUCAGCACUAUUAGAGAGCAGAUGCAGCACCUUUCACAAAGACUUCAUUGCACUUCACCUCAAUACUUCUUUACUCCCUAAAGAUUGUUUUUAUUCUUUUCAUGUGUCUCAAGAAUUAAUUUUGCCCUUCUUUGUCCUAGGUUAUCUUGCCCAUCAGAACAGCUUUGACAUAAUCUAUGUGCUUGCUGCUCUUUAAAGGUUUAUAUUUCCAGAACAAAACACUUUUGACAGUGAAACUUGCCUUUGUGUCUCCUUUCAUCCAGUGUUUCUGGGGCAUAAGGGUUUUAAGAUCAGUUUGACUUAAUAGAUCAAAGGCCAAUAUUAGCUUACAACAUUUUUAGCUUAACUAACACUAUAGCUCAUUCUGCCAGAGCUACUGUUUCUAAUACUUUCUGCUCUAAUGUCUUAUUUUUGGAAAUUUGAAGAGCAGCAAUCCAGAACAUGCCAAUGACAUUAAUCAGACAUUGUAAAAUAGACAAAUUUAAAUCUGCUAAGGGCCAAAACAGACCGGCAAAAAACACCGGCUUCGUGGGUGUGUGGCAUAAGCAUGACGCAUGCCCUGAUGCCACCCCCCAAGCUGGUGUCAUGCUGCCCCACUGAGUACACAACGGGCGAUGUCAUGGCGUUUCUGCAGUGCAGCAUUUACACACGCCAUGCUGCAGAAAUUCUGAAAAAUCGCCACCACGACGGAAAGGGCACGUUUUAUCCACCUUAAAUAAGAGCGGCAUUUUGCAGCUUUUUGUGGUGGAAGAAUGCCGGAUUGGGGCCACAGCGUGCAGUUGCCGUGGCCCCAAUCCAGCAUUCAAAGGGACAGCAUAGAUUUGUCCCUUUACAGCCUUCUGUCAUCCUGGAAUGAUUGCUAAGUAUAAGCAACCAUUCCCAUCCUUUAGGCACAGUGACGCCUAGGUUAAGUUCCACUAUGUUUCAGUUUCUCCUUUUGCCAGCCCAGAAGACAAAACAUAGGCUGGAUUCUGGAAUGGUAGAGUUUAAGAAUCCAUGUCCUCCCGCUGUGACUACUUUGAAGAUCCCAUUUAUGGUGGAGGAUGAGAUUAUUUGUGACUUCUUUUCUAUCUACACCUUCUUUCUGUAGGCUGUUUCUAUAACUAGGUUGUGAAUUGUUAUACCAAGAUAGCUGUGCUAGGUGACCAACCAUCUUCAAGACACAUGACUUUCCUGUGUGUUUCUGGGUGGUGAUUGGGUGCCACACACUGGAUAGAUUCCUCCUGUCUUUUCAACCAGCUCAGAAUGUACCUUCAUGGUAAUUACUCAGUGCCUCAUAAUUCAGAAGUGUAAAACAAGAUGUCACUAUUUUAAUGGGUCAAUUAUAGGGUUAGUGUAGUUGCAGUGUUUCUUUAGUACUAGGUUAAAGUAAGUAUGAUGUACCUUCAAGAUAUCUUAUGUUCAUUUGUGGUGUUACUCUGACCAGAUAUGUCCUUUCUGCCUUCGUAAUGAAUAUAUAGACUGUUUGGUUAGAAAAUCAGUGUGGUUGGUUGAUUAUGAUUGAGAGAUGGUAAGUGGUGCAAAAAAUAUCUGCAAAUAAAGAUUUUUUUCACUUUUCAUUAUUCAUAGUUUUAUUUUUAGUAGGUCUUCUGGCUUUUUAUGGUGUUAACAUACAGAUUUAAAUAAAAAGCACUCAGGGCAAAUGAUAUGUCUGUUGCCUGUAAAACAGCUCACUUUAAUUGUCUAAUUUUGACAAUAAAUACCACAUGAAUGUUUUUAAUUAUGCUUUAAGUCUUGCACUUUAUUCUGGAAGGGAUCUUCCAAAUACUACUUAAAUUUGCACAGAUGUGGAAACCAUUACUCUGUUCAUUAAAAUAAAUAAAUAAAUAACUUUUACCAUGUUCA